CAACAAACUUACCCAUGCGAUACGCCCUCUACUAAUAAAUUCAGUUGCAGAGAGUUCGGAAGUCUCAACGAUCCUUCAAUUGAGCGUCAGAGGUAACACCCCGAGAUUCUGCAUUGACGAGACAAUAUUUGCCCUCCAUGUUUCUCAAUCCGCCGGAGUAUCUUGUCACACUGCAGAGCAACGUGCGAGCACGACCGAUCUCAUGGGAGGGGGCUGUACGAGCCAAGACACUCAGUGAGGCCGAUCUCAAGAAGAUCCGAAGCAUUGAUAAGGUCCGGAAAGAGCAGCGAAAACAGACGAUUGAGGCAGAUGUGCAGGUGUACACAGAUCUGCUUCUAGGGAAUGAUGGGAACAAAAGCAUUUUCGAGAGUGCAGUGAAGCGGACGGAUAUCGUACAAUACAUGCUAGUUCUUACCGGCGAUUUGAUCGAUGAUGUACCUGCAUUGUCAGAUUCACUGGUCAAGCAUGCGCAUCCAUUCCAACCUUUCCUGCCAUUGCUGAAGCAAUCAAGUAAUUCCGAGGAUCCAAUUCCACUACUCGCGUCAUCCGUCCUUACCUCCAUUCUCGCGCACGCGAUCGUCGCUCAGCCAAAGUCAACACCAGAGAUCCAUGACGCACUUCCGAAGCUAUACUCAUACAUAGCCACCCUUUCCAACACAUCAGAUGCAGAUCUGCAGGACAUUGCCGUACAGGAAUACAGUGCUAUGCUUCGCACCGUUAGUGCACGGAAGCAAUUCUGGGACCAGCGGAAGGAGACACUGACUCCACUCGUUGAAGUGUUGCGCAAGGCAACAGGCGGAAAAGACUCUGAUAGCACGGUUUUCAACGGAACAUCUGCUGGAUCAAGCAUUCGGACACUGGCUCAGUCCAACAUCAAGGUCAGUGGUGUCAGCCUCCGCUUGUUAUAUCAUAUUCUACUGGUUGUCUGGCAACUUUCAUUUGAGGGCGAGCUUGUUGGAAAGGGUCUGGACGAGGAGCACGAUAUCAUCCCGCUCUACACACAGCUAGUCCGUGUCUCGCCGACAGAGAAGACUACCAGACUUUUGCUUGCCACUCUCAACAAUCUGCUGUCGACCAAUAAGGCGACUCUUAUGCCAGCAGCCCUGCCCGCCAGGCUUCCGUACAUUCUCACAAACCUCAAGUCACGAAACUUGACAGAUCCGGAUCUACUGGAGGACUUGGACAACCUUGUAAACAUGGUUGAAGAAUACACAAAGACGCAGACCACAUUCGACGAGUAUUCAUCUGAGGUUCAAUCCGGUCAUCUGCGCUGGUCUCCACCUCAUAAAGACCAGGCUUUCUGGAGAGAGAAUGCAUUGCGCGUAAUCGAGGAAAACAAAGGUGAGCUAUGUAGGAAGCUCGCUGAGAUUCUCGGCAAGGAUUGGCAAAACGACAAGCAGGUUCUCGCAAUUGGCUGCAGCGAUGUCGCAUAUCUGGUCAAGGAGUGCCCCACAAAACGUCAGCAGUUGGAAAAAUUCGGCCUGAAGACGCGGAUUAUGGCAUUGAUGCAGGAUGAGAAUGAGACCGUCAGGUGGGAGAGCUUGCGCGCCGUUGGAGAAUGGUUGCGAUACAGUUUCGACUCACAAUAGCCGUGUCGGGGCUAAUCGCCGCACCACAGUGUCCCCGGCUGCCGCUCUGUGUUCCUACCUAGGUAGCUGUUAGUGUCAUUAUGGAUAUUAUCUUCCUACACUUCCUUUUUGUGUACCUCGACCAUCGCCGGUCUUUCAGCUUUACUCUCUUUCAGAUUAUCAAACUCGAUUUAUAAUGUGUAUACGACG